UCAAUAAUGUUCUUCUUAUCUGGGGCUAAUAAAUGAACUUUUUUAAUACAAAUCCUUAAUUAAGUCUGCUAAAAUAUUAAUGUUAAAGGAAAGUCAGUCAGUAAAACUAAAUGACAAGAAAGCGUGAAAACCCAAAAAGUGACUUUUAUAUUAAUUUUGUUUCACAACUCAGGGAAUUGUGAUUUUUAGUUUAAUGUUGGCUACUAUAAACUUUUACUGUAGGAAAAGAAGAAAAGCUGUAUUCAAACAAUUUUAGGGGUUGCAUCAUGUUCACAUAGUGCCAUUUCACCUUUUGCACAGCCCACACAUAAAAAUUAUAGUUAUUUAAUAGAUAGGUUUAAUGAAACCAUCGGAAUUGUGUGUUUUAUCUUUUUUUUGCCCAAAUUCCAUACUUGAGAAAUCUAUUUCCCGCCAGUUAAACGGACCCCAUAUACGGAGAGGUCCUGACGAUGACGUUCGGUGAAGGUGAGUUCUAAAAACGAAAGAGGGAAGAAAGCACAUGGACGCCGGCAGCUGAAAUCAAUAAAUCAACUGAUUGAUGCUCUGAAAUAUCGGGAUCACCGUCUGGCUGUCGAUAUGGAGCAGCGCGCGCUCUCUGUUUAAGGACCGCCUCGCGGGCGACGGGACACUGGCCAAUACGAUCCAAAAGUCACGGAAAUCUUUGUGCAGCGAGAGUUUCCACGCGUGAAAAUGAUCCGAGAUGGGGAAUAAUCCGAGAGAGAAACAAAGAGAGGGAGAGAGAUCACUGAUGAUGAUGAUGGUGGUGGCCUAGAAACAUCAGGAAUUCCUCGCUCCGCUCGACUGGAUCUUUAAGGCGAUGGGGGAUUUUACGCAUUGCCAAGAAAACGGGCUCGCUUUCCUCCUCCGUGCACCGCGGCUUUACUUUUGACUCGAAGGAGGAUGCAUUGAAGUCUCGCAUGCAGUCUGAGAGUCUCUGGCUGACGUGAAAAGGAACGGCGGCUCUGCGCAUUAAUGCGUGUGUGCGCGAGCGCGUACGCGUACGCGUGCUCUCCCGUGACCGAUGGCACUGGAAACCGUGCGCAACGGCUAUGUGCGCACUUGUGUCACUCCCGCGGAGCAGGACUGCUGGCACUCGCGUUUGGCUCUUGUGUGGAGCCGUAGGAGCCUCUCCUCGGCCGCGUGCGUCGCCUCGCUGUCCGUGCUGCUCGCGCUGCUCGCUGCGGACUGGGACGCGGAGCGCGCGUGUCACUUGGUGACGCUCGCGGAGCUCGCGUGGCAGCUGCUCUCCCCCGUCUUCACGCUCGUGUGUGCCUUCUUCUGGGUGGGCGUGUAUCUGCUCCGUUGCGGGGUGCUCAUCCGCACCGCCGUGUUCCUGCUCACCGUGUGCCAUCUGGGCGAAGCGGCGGCGCAGUCGCUGUUGGAUGCGCAGCAGCUGUACUCGUUCACCGCCACCGCGCUGGUGCUGCUCGCCUGCCUGGCCAGCGGGGCGCUCAUGGUGGUGCGUCUGGGUCAGGGCAUCUCUGUGCUCUUCUUCAUCAGCAUCAUCAGGACCGUAUCGCUGCUGUCUCUGCAGAAGGUACGCGCCAGCUGGAGACCCUACCUGGCGUACCUGCUCGGGGUGCUGGGGGUCCUGCUGGCGAGGUAUGCGGACAGGCUGCUGCCACCGGAGCAGGGCGCAUCACACCGGGAGGGAUCGAGGGGAGAUAUUCCGGUAUUUAAGAGGCGCAGGAGGUCGAGCUCGGUAGUCUCGUCAGACAUGGCACAGCACGGCCAGCCCAGGAGCAAACCUCACAGGAGGACGUCGCUGCCCUGCUUGCAGAGAGACCAGAUGCUCCCACAGCAAGAAUGGGACCACAAAAGAGGCGCCCGAGGAUCUCAGCCAUCCGGCCUAAUGCAAUCUUCGGGCACCAGCGUGACGGUGGACAUCGCGGUGAUGGGCGAGGCCCACGGACUGAUCUCAGAUCUGCUGGCUGACCCCUCCCUCCCGCCGAACACCUGCAGCACCCUGCGGGCCGUCAGCAACCUGCUCAGCACCCAGUUCACCUUCCAGCCGCUGCACCACCGGCCACGCCUGAGCCCCCUGCUGGCCUUCAGCGAAGGACACGCCUGCUCCGACUCGGAGGAGGUGCCGGAGAAAGGAGAGAGGCUGGCCAUCCCGAAGCGUUUGAGGCGGAGUUUGCCUCCGGGGCUUUUGAGACGCAUUUCUUCCACGUGGACCACCACCACCUCAGCCACGGGCCUGCCCACCCUCGAACCCGGGCCGGUCAGACGGGACCGCAGUGCCAGCAUCAAAGCACCUCACGAUGGCCCUUCCAGCAGUUUGGUGAACAGUGAUUCAUGGAACAACUCGAUAAUGCUCAGCCUUUCCAAGAGCAGGUCCAUGUCCGCUUCAUACGCUGCCUCCUCCACCACCAACCACAUCUAUAGCAAGAGCCGAAGAGGUUACCCUUCUUCCAACAUCUCACCUCUGGCUUCACCCUGCCACUCCCCUCCAGUCCAGGGUACUCCGCUCACCAGCCCCACCAACAAAAGCCCUUCAGUGGAGCUGCCGGACGCAGAGCUUCCUCCGCCACGGAGCCCCCACAAAGCCUUAACCCACAGUCAGAGCGCCCCCAGCUCCAGCACCUCACAAUGGGUGCCGCCUCCACUUUGUAGCAGCUGUGGAAGACCGUACAGUAAACUGAGACACGGGGACGGAUCCAUAGACGCAGGAGACCGAGCCCAACAGUCAGACGAGCCGCUGAUAAUGUCGUCAGACUAUGACAGCACCUAUGAGACCAACCACAGUGACAGCAGCGACUUUGCACAGAACCAGGAGGACAGAGAGGGUCACAGGAAAGCCUGCGGGACGUUCCCGCUGGCCGCUCUCAUCCCACCGGAGGAUAAGCCCAUCUUGGCCCCGGAGCCGCUGGUGAUGGAGGGCCUGGAGCCCCUCAUGAGUCAGAUCAACAACUGGAACUUCCCCAUCUUCAGUUUGGUGGAGAAAACCAACGGCAGAUGCGGCUACAUCCUCAGCCAGGUGUCUUACCGGUUGUUUGUGGAUACGGGACUCUUCGAGACGUUCAAGAUUCCGGUGAGGGAGUUCAUGAACUAUUUCCACGCUCUGGAGAACGGAUACAGGGACAUCCCAUAUCACAACAGGAUUCAUGCGACAGACGUCCUGCAUGCGGUCUGGUACCUCACGACCCAGCCUGUGCCUGGUUUACCUACACUGACAUCACUGAGUGACUCGGACUCUGACGGUGGACUUGCUCUCGGCCGCAUAAUGUACCUGAUGUCCAGGACGUAUCCUGCAGAGGAGGAGGGUUACGGCUGUCUGUCCGGCCUCAUCCCCGCUCUGGAGCUGAUGGCGCUCUAUGUAGCAGCUGCCAUGCAUGACUACGACCAUCCCGGCAGGACCAACGCGUUCCUGGUGGCCACCAGCGCUCCUCAGGCUGUUCUUUAUAAUGACCGUUCGGUGCUGGAGAAUCAUCACGCAGCGUCCGCCUGGAAUCUGUUCAUGUCUCGGCCCGAGUACAACUUUCUGGCCAGUCUGGACAACAUGGACUUCAAACGCUUUCGCUUCCUGGUCAUCGAGGCCAUCCUGGCCACCGACCUCAAGAAACACUUCGACUUUCUGGCUGAAUUCAACGCCAAGGUGGGAGAUGAUGGAUGCUCGGGCAUUGAUUGGACGAACGAGAAUGAUCGUCUGCUGGUGUGUCAGAUGUGUAUUAAGUUAGCGGAUAUAAACGGUCCGUUGAAAAGCAAGGAGCUUCAUUUGCAGUGGACGGAAGGCAUCGUCAAUGAGUUUUAUGAACAGGGUGAUGAAGAGUCCAGUUUGGGCCUUCCCAUCAGCCCCUUCAUGGACCGCUCAGCACCGCAGUUGGCCAAACUGCAGGAGUCCUUCAUCACACACAUCGUGGGGCCUCUCUGCAGCUCAUACGAUUCAGCCGCUCUCAUGCCCGGCCACUGGGUCGACCCUCGGCCCAAAGACGACGAGGAUGCUGAGGAAGAGACGGAUGAAGAGGAGGAGGAGGAGGAGGAGGAGGAGGAGGAGGAAGACACACCGGAGGAAGACACCUCCACCAGCUCAGAACUUUCCCAGAAACCAGCACACAAGAAACGACGGAAAGUGUUCUGCCAGAUCACCCAGCACCUGCUGGAGAACCACGAGAUGUGGAAGAAGGUCAUCGCUGAAGAGUCCCAAAGCCAGACAGAAGGGGAGGAGUCCACACGCCUCACUAACACCCCUGAGCCAAUCCUAGCCAUCGAUGAGGAGGAGGAGGAGCCAGGGAGCAAGGAGGAGCCUGCAGGCGACCAGGAGGAGGAGACAACCGAGGAGGAGGAGGAGGAGAGUCCUGUACCUGACGAGACACAUGAAACGGAGGAAACAGAUGGCGAGACUGUAGAGGAAGCAGACGAGACUGCGAAGACUGUAGAAGACGACGAGGAGCUAAUGGGAAAACAAGAGGAAGACGAGAAAGAGGAUCCGGAAUGAAUGACUUUUAGACGUCUAAAAGCAUUUCAUCGGCAAGCGAGACUUCUAAGAAAUGGUUGCCAGCACAUCACUUAGACACAACACUGUAGAUGCUUGGGGAACAUGUGCCUAAA